GAUGGUUGAACGUGAUCCGUCUGGGCCAAUCACAGCGCUGCCGUCUCUUGGGCUGUUUUUGAAUUUUCGAUCGGUGUCUGAGUCGCGUGCGUGUUGCUGUUUCUCUGCUUUUUGACGCUACUACUUAUUAUUUUAUAGAAAUAUAGGUUUUAUUGGACAGCUAGAAGAGCGUGAUUCGUACGGAACGGAGGAGGCUGCACGAUGACGACCCGCCGCUCUCUGCGCUCGGCACCGGCCGACCUCCCGGCGCCGAGGAUCGACGCCGAAAACGAGCCGGCCCAGCCUGUCGGCAAACAGACGCUGGCUACCAAACAGAAGCUGGGCAAACCGCGCGCAGCGCUCAUCGACCUCUCCAAUGCCAUCGAGAAGGGUAAGAAGAAUAUCACCAAGCUGGGCGUUCGGAAGGGCCGCGUGCACCGGGUGGCCGGUCAGCAGCAGCAGCAGCAGCAGUCGGGCGACUCCACACAGCAGGCACCGCGCGCCACCGACGCCCAGCCGCGCGGAGCACUCAAGCCGCGCGCCGGCGUCAAACGCUCCGCCGCCGGCGCCGCCGCCGAUGGCGCCGUCAAAAAGGCGCGGAAGCUGCGCUCGAUUCCGACGCUGCCCGACCUGCGGGUGUCCGUCAGCGUGACGCGCCUGGCGGAGGGCAGCAGCAGCACCAGUCAGGUGUCGGCCGCCUCCUCCAGCCUGGCCUCGAUCACAUCCGAGGAGACCACCGGCUUCGAGACGCCGCCAGAGGGAAACAGCCCCGAGUCUGAGCGCGCCGCCGACCUGGUGAGCCGUCUGAACGCCGAGAACGAGCGGAGAGCGAGCGCGCUGCCCGAGGGCGUCAUCGACUUCGACUCCGAGGCGGCCGGCGACAUUUUCGCCGUGCCCGAAUACGUCAACGAUCUCUUCAGACACUACAAAGAACGCGAGGCCAUGUGUCAGGUGGCGCCGUACCUGGGCACGGUUCAGACGGAUCUCACUGAGAUGAUGCGCUCCAUCCUGGUCGACUGGAUGGUCGAGGUGCAGGAGUCGUUUGAGCUCAACCACGAGACGCUGUACCUGGCCGUGCGGCUGGUUGACCUGUACCUGGCCCAGGUCGAGGUCAGCAGGGAGACGCUGCAGCUGGUCGGCGCCACCGCCAUCUUCAUCGCCUGCAAGUUCGACGAGCGGCUGCCGCCGCCGCUGGACGACUUUCUCUACAUCUGCGAGGACGCCUACGCCAGGCGCGAGAUCAUCGCCACGGAAAUGAAAAUCCUGCGCACCGUCAACUUUGACGUCGGCCUGCCGGUCUCCUACCGGUUCCUGCGCCGAUACGCACGGUGCUGUAAGCUGCCCGUGGAGGUGCUAACGCUGGCGCGCUACGUCCUGGAGCUGUCGCUGAUGGAGUACCAGUUCGUGUCGGUGGCCGGCUCCCGACUGGCGGCCGCCGCCCUGGCGCUCGCCGUCCACAUGAGGAUGCCCGGCCACUUUGAGCAGAUCAAGGCCACCGUGGAAUACUUCUCCGGCUACUCGGUCUCCGAGUUCCAGGACCUGACGGAGAAGCUGCACCUCAUGCUGGGCCGCGAGCCCAACCCCCACCUGAAGACGAUCCGCGCCAAGUACUCGCACCAAGUGUUCCACAAGGUGGCCUGUAUUCCGCUGCUGCGUCAGGCGCCGUCGUUAUAGCGCGGUGAGCGACCGGCCCGCCGCAGCUGCUCCCCGCCUGGCCCGCCCCCCACCGGGAGGCAGCGCCAGCCGCCCGGCCGGCGCAGGGCGAUAUUUGUUAGGGACGAUCCGAGGGAUCUCCAGCGAGCCGCCAUGAGUGUGUGUCGUAAUGCCGUGUGGAUGUUUGUAUGUGUGUGUGUGGGUUAGUGUAAAUGUGAGCGUGAUUGGGGGAUGGCUGAUGGUCGAUAUUGUGUUGACGGCACCGAUUCGUCCGAUUACGAGCCACAACGGCAGCGCGCCUGAGCCGAGCCGCCACCGGGUUACGACCCACCGGCGGCCUUUUAACUGUCGACCUGAUUCUGACGCGAUCGAAACACGUUUUAGCUAACCGAGGCGAACCGGCUCUGGGCAUCGACGCGUCGCGGGUGCCGCUUCCCAUAUUGGCUCUCUACAGGGGAGGCCAACAGUGCAAAAUUGUUCAUCAUUGUAGUUAUUUUAGUUAUUUAGUUUUGCGUUUUGUAGCUUUUGUCAGUUUUAGGGUAGAGUGACGCUAUCAGCGAGCUACAAAGUUAACAACGAUGUGGUAAGUGAGGAGUCUUAGAUGAAUUGCCGCGUUUUACCACAUAUCAUACUUGUGCAAAUCGGCCUGUAAGCACCUUUUUUCCUACUGCUUCUGCCAUCGUUGAUUAGGCUUUCCCUUGAGCAUGUCUGUCUCCAUUCGUGUACAUAUUCUGAGGGUUGGGUGGCUCAGAUGUCUGACCUGUGGCCCCGUGCUACUGUUGUGGUCACGGAAGCCUUCGAGUGGGGUCGUGCGACAGCCUACCACCACCGUCCACUGUUUGUGCCUCUGGGAACAAUACAGGACGGAGAUGAAAA